AUGAAGUUUGCCAGAGCGUUCAAGGCCGCCUUGCAAAGCGGAGACUACCCGGAAGAAUGGUGCACAGCAGCGAUCCCAUAUCCGACCUUGAAGAAAUGCCUCAACAAGAUUCGAGCCGAGCUGCAAGACCUGGGCCUCGAUGCAGACUCGCUCCGACAGCUACAAGAGACCCAGGCCGUAUUGGCGCAUGGAGACCCGAUUCCCCUGGCCAAAUACAAGCUGGACGUGAGCGACUCCGACGUCCAGCCACACUUUACGGUAUACCUCGAUCUCGAGGACGGCGCCGUUGUGGACGCCUCUCUGUCACCGGCAUCCAGGGCCUUUUUGCAAAAACAAGCCGACAUUCGCCGCAAGGCUGUGGCCGAUUCGCAAGCCGACCAAGACCAUGAUCGCCCGGCAUCCGACGUGCUACCGAUGGAACCCCCGAACCACAGCACCGAGGCCAGCGUGGGCCCGCCAACGUGCACAACCGCACUGGCAUCACCAGGCCACGAGCAAGAGCUGGACGCUGCCCAGGAGGGCGGCCAGAAGCGGCUGCAACGCGUCGAGGUGUCGCUCACGGCCGACGGCGAGUUCUUCCGGCUCAUGUACGAGGACAUGGCUAAGCUGGAGCGCAUCGGCCAGGCCGAACAGGCUGCCAUUGUGACGGACGUGGAGGAGCUGGGCAAGCAGGUGGCUGCGGUGUCGCAGCCAGAACGCAAGCGGCGAACGCUGCUGGGCCACGGUCACGGCCACGGCCAUGGGCUCGACGGCACGUCGGGUGGCCAGGCAACCAAGGCGGCCAAACCGCACAAGCACGCCAGCGACCUCUCGCGGUGGCGUUCAGUCUUUGAGCUGUACUUGGAUGCUCAAGUUUUUUUCUCGACGCGGGAGCGUGAUCAUGGCAAGGCGCGUUCGUCGGCCGAGGCGUCGCGCCAGCUCGACUGGUUCCAGGAACAGGUGCGGAAGCGCGGGCUGCUCCAGAGCUUCCAGUUGCCAGCAAGCCUGGUGGCGUACCAGCGGUUCCUGCUGCUGAAUAAGCGACUCUUUCUCAACCUGCGGUUCCGCGAGCUGAACCAGACGGCCCAGGCCAAGAUCCUGAAGAAAUUCGACAAGUGGACGUCGCUGGGCGUAUCCAAGACGUUUCCGAACGCGCUCUCGCGGCGACAUCAGAACGUCUUGGUCGAGGGCAUGGCCAAGGACGUGUGUGCGCGCAUCGCACAGGACGUUGUGGCCGUGGUGCCACGGCUGGAGGACUACACCUGUCCGGUGUGUCUGAGCCUUGCCUGGCUGCCCGUGCGGCUGCAUUGCCGCCACGUCUUCUGCGUGCGGUGCGUGAUCAAGAUGCAGCGUGAAAAGCAGCGGUUCUGUCCGCUAUGUCGCGGCGAGGUCGUCAUGGAGGCCGACCUGGACAAUCUGGACGGGGAUCUGGAGCGCUUCCUGAAGCUGUACUUCCGGCGCGAGGCCAAGGAGAAGCAGCAGGCCAACGAGAUGGAACGUGGAGUUGAGCUGUUCGGCGAGAGCUACAAGCCGGUGUCGUGCGUCGUGAUGUAA